AUGCGGCCCGUGCCCGUGCCUGCGCUUGUACCUGUGCUUGUUGCAGUGACGCUCACCCAGAUACUAGUGUGCCAAUGCUUUGUGAACACCAAAUAUGAAGUACAGUUAGAUCACAGCAUACCGAGCGAAUUCCUCCACAACGACCGUUCGCACAAGUACACCAACGUAACCAUCGGAAAUGACUCCUUUUUGUGCUUCUUCGGAAAGUCAAACAGGUUUGGUGGUACCAGGGAAGGGGGAACAUCUUCUUCCUAUGAGGAUGAAGCGGAAGAGGUAGAACUGUCGGGGUGUAGUGACCAGGGGCUGUUUAAAAAUGGAGGAAAUACACCCCACGGGAUGAACAAUUACGUGGAGGAAAAACUACAUCGAAGCAAUUACCUCUUGAAAUAUUCUGAGGGGCAAGGAAUAUAUUACGAUUUACAUAGACAAAAUGACCCCCCUUCGUCAGGCACAUGGGGGUGGGGGACAGCCCAAAUGGUUGGAAGUAAAAUCGAAGCGGAAACAACCACCCGCAAAGAAGCAAUAAAGGACCACACAGGGAGGAGAGACCCCCCAAAGAAAAAAAAGCAAAAUUUUAACAAAAUGAACGUAGCUCAACGGAAGAGUAAGGCACGCCGAGCCAUACAGUGCAACUUCCAAAAAGUGUACGACUACAUUUUCUACAAACACAAAUUCAAUGUGUACCAUAAGAACAGAACUUACCGAAACGUGAACGAACAAGUCUUGCUGAAAAAUCAUAUGAUAAGGGGGAAAAUGCUGACCAUAAAAAAUACUUGCAUUAAUGUUUUUACACCGUCCAGUGAGAAUGAACUGAAAAUCUGCCUAAACAGAUCCAUCUCAUUUGUUACGAAAAAGUAUGAUCAGAAAAAAAACGCAACUAAGAACGGAAAACACAAAUGCGUUUGUAGUUACCAGAAGGACAAAGAUUUACUCUUCGCUAACAACACUGUGGUUCAGUACUACACCGAUGGGACAUAUUUUUUCGAAGUCCUUUUCAUAUGUGGGAACAAUAAUUUACGAGUUAACAGGUUUGAAAAAUUGCACAGACAUUAUUUCCCGUUGAUUUUCCAGAUAUAUGAACAUGUGCAUGCAAAUUUGACAAAAAUGUACAAAAUUAUUCUGAACAGAAGGACAAACAACCAGCCUUACUUUUUUAAAACAUUUUCCAUGUACAGAUAUAGUGAGGGCUACUACAGAGCGUUAAAGGAUAAGCUAAAUAAUAUGUUAAAUGCAUUUUUUCCAAAGGUAACACACCUCUACCGGGUAACUCUAAGUGCCUACAUGUUCUGUGAUUACACAGACAAGGUAAACCCACCCAAUCAUUUCUUGCUAAAAGGACUAAUGAACAAGUGCUUCCAGUUCAGUAAGCAUGACGGAUAUAUUUACGAAGUCUGCUUGCCAAACAGCGUCAUUCGAUAUGAGAAGGACGAAUUCGAUAGAGUAAAAUACCCCCUUACUUUGCUUGGAUCUUCUGAUCGCUCCAUAAAUGAAGGAAAACCUUUUUUCGAAAAAAUGUAUGAUGCGUUUCCUGUGCUCAAAAUGAAUUAUAGGCUUCGGAAAGAUGCAGAAAAUUAUCUCAAGACACAAAAGGGGGUAAUUACUCAAUCGGCUGUUAUAUCCAUUACCGGGCAGGAGGACAUUAAUCAUGCAGCUGUCUUCUCCGGGGGACUUUUCCCCUCGCAGGGUUAUCCCCCUUCUGCGAACCAACUCUCUGCCUCAUCCAUUUUGCCGCCCGCCUCGGCAACUGCCCGUUCGUCGUCGUCGCUUUUUUCGUCAUCCCCAUUGGAGUACACUCAGAAUGGUGGUAACGGCGGCACUAUCGGAGGUAGUAUUGGCAGUAGUAACGGUGGUAUCGGUGAUGGACGUAGCCAAAAUGCCCACCCGCUGUUAGAAACCUUCAAAGCCACAAUUACGACCCUGAACGAGGCCGCCACCCCCCCUCCGUACUUCUCCUUUGGCGCGAACCGAAUUCCAUACAUAAGCACAUACAUGAUAGACAAGCCAGUGGAUAUUUUAAAAUACGAAAACGAAAACUUCUACAAAUCUCUAGCUGUUGAUUUGAAGGGAGAACGGUGCAGAGACUCUCUUGGAGAUGUACACGACUACAUAACGACCAUCUACUUUGACUGCUCUUUGCAUUACCAGAAUGAGACGCAGACAAAUAUAAUGAACAUAUUCCAGACGACGGAGUGCCACUACUACGUGCAUGUGUCGUCUCCCGUGCUUUGCGCUCACCCGACCCUGCACACAUCCCUGACAUCGCAGAAGGAAGUCAUUCGAUGUUUCAGAAAUAUGUUCGCAGCAAGCGCCCAGAGGGUGGGCCGCCCGAUAGGCAGAAGUGGAAGCAACAGUGCCUCCGCCAGUUACGGCGAGGGGGAGCCCGUGCUAGACGACCCCUACAUGAGUGACGCAGACAAGCUCUACCUGCACCAGUUUCAGGGGAAAAAAGAAAAAAUGCUCCAGAAAAAAAACAUGCACACACUCGAAUCCGUGCCCAAGAAUACUAAAAUGGAGUUCGGCGUAAAAUACGACUUCGGGUUAGGAAAUUAUAUCCGAAAAAGAGUGUACAAAGGAACCCCCAUUUUUCACAUUGGCAACAUUGUGAGGCAUCGAUACUGGAAUUACGAAGCAGUGGUGGUCAGCUGGGAUUACAUGUGCUACGCGCCAGACGAGUGGAAAUAUCAUUUCUUUUUAGAGUACCCAACCGAAGUUCAAAAUUCCGUGCAUUACCUCCUUUUGCUUAAUAAAGACGGGAAAAAGGGAGGCACAAUUUUGCAUGACCCUCCACCUCACACGGACCAUCCUAACAAACGUACAGAAACUUCACACGCUAAACAGGCUAAACACGAAACUGCUGACGUGGCGUGGGAAAACAUACGACUCAACGUGAGCGAAGAACAACCAUUCCAUGAUGACCACUUCAACUUUGCCUACGUUCCCGAGUCCAGUUUGGUGUAUGGAGACAAAAUGAUUUACAGCGAACAUUUGUCCCAAUUUUUCGAACAGUACAAUUCAUUUUUUCAUUUUUACAUUCCCAAAAAGGAUCAUAUAAUUUGGAAGCUCUUCCCGUAUGACUUCUUCAACCUUAUAUUUUGA